AUGAAAUGCAUCAAAGUUGUUGCAUUGAUGUUAAUUUGUGUCAUCCUCUUUGGCAACCUUAUUAUCUCAAAUAAUGCAUUUGGUUUUGGUGAUGUGACAAACGUUGGAGGGGAUAUAGCUACAACUUUGGUCUCAGAUGCUAAAGAGGCUACCUCAAUAGGUGCAGGCGUUGCCACAACCAUUACAUCUGUAAUACCAGAGGUUACCUCUUACGCUGUCUCGGUGUUUAAUGGAGUAACAUCUACUGUCGUUAGUGUACAAAGUGGAAUCACUUCCACUAUCGUUUCUUUUUUCACCGCCUCAACAACACCAACAAACGCAAGCAAGCCCACCACGAACUCAGCAAAUAUAAUGUUUGUUGGAGAAACGCAUGCAUAUUUCGCUUCUAUUGGAGGAUUUAUAGUAGUAUUGGCUGGUUGCUUCUUCUGA